UUCGGUUUCUUGUUGUAGGAUGUUCCUGUUAUUAGCAUUGGCGUGUGUGGCGCUGGCGUGGUGGGCGCUGUGGCGUACGCGGCGCCGGCGGCUGCUGGCGCUGGCCGACCAGCUGCCAGGCCCGCCAGCACUGCCCGUGCUCGGCAACGCCCUAAUGUUGAUUAGAAAUCCAGAAGGAAUAUUCGUCAUUUUUGAGAACCUCAAGCAGGAGUACGGCCGUGCAUUCAGAUUCUGGCUGGGACUCGAUCUCAAUUAUUGUAUCUCAGAACCUGAUUACGUCAAAAUUCUUCUUCAAAGCAGAAAAUUAAACGAAAGAGGCCCGCAAUACAAAUACAUGGUAGAUUUCCUAGGCUAUGGUAUUCUUAGCGGAUCAGGUCCAGUAUGGCGGAAGCGCAGAAAGCUAAUCAGCCCGAAUUAUAACCAUAAAGCUAUAGAAAACUACAGUUAUGUAUUCAAUGAAGAAACUGGCAUCUUACUGCAGAGACUCAGGGCGCGACCUGCGGGGGAAUCAUUUAAUAUCUACGAAGAAGUCGUCAAAACGACCACCUACACGGUCUGCCAAACCUUAUUCGGCUUGAGCAGAGAACAAACGUUGAGCCUCCCAUAUCUUCAGGAAAUAGUUAAUGAAACACAUCAGAUGUACGCAGAAGCGUUCAUGAGAAUGACAAAAUGGUAUCUACAAAUUGAGCCUUACUACUGGCUUUCACAGUACUACCCAAGACAUAAAAAGUUCAUACAAAAAACAAAACACAUGGCGGACGCUGUAGUCAAACAUAGAGUUAAAAAACUAGAUGAUACAAGCUUAAUUGAACUGGACGACAGCGAAAUUGCUAACAAGCAUGAUAUGUUUAGUACUGCGGAUAAGUUAAUUUUGGCAAAAUCAAUCGAUUAUGAUGAUAUGUUAAAACAAAUAUUUACUAUAUUUACAACGAGUCAGGAAACAUCAGCGAAUAUUGCUUCUUUCUUACUACUGAUGAUGGCCUACCACCCCGAAUGCCAGGAAAAACUGUACGCAGAGAUAAAGGAAGUAUUUGGUGAAGAAGACCGGCAUGUGACCGAUGAGGAUGUCAAGCGCAUGCCGUACUUGGACAUGGUAUUCAAGGAGGUCGUCCGGCUGUUUCCGAUCGCGGCGAUGGUGCAGCGCACGGUUAUGGAAGAUAUCGAUAUUAGUCACGGCGUCACGCUCCCAGCAGGCAGUUCCCUGAUCGUGCUGAUAUUCCACAUGCACCGUGACGAGCAGUUCUGGCUGGACCCGGAUGCCUUCGACCCAGAGCGGUUCAGCCCUGAGCGUUCCGCGGCGCGCCACCCCUACUGCUACAUCCCUUUCAGCUUGGGCUCCAUGAACUGUUUAGGAAGACACUUCGGCACCAAACUGGUGAAGACCAUCUGCAUCCGGGUUCUGCGCGAGUUCAGGCUGACCUCCCCGGAGACGUACGCGGAUCUCAAGCUGCUGUGCGCCGUGUCAGUCGAGUCUGUCAACGGAUAUCCAGUGUUCUUGAACCCUAGACUAAACUAAUUUGAAAGAAUUCAUUGAAAAUCUUUAUUCAGGA